GGGUGAACAUUAUUUGCCCAGAGAAUAUCACCGUAUCUGCAAAUCUUAACAACUUCGCAUAUGUGUUUUGGAGCCCACCCGUUCUUAGCUUCAGUGGCGUCGACCAAAGUGUCACCGUCAUUAGCGAUCACGAUCAGGGACAACGCUUUGACAUUGGGACCACACUGGUUACAAACAGGAUUCUAGAAACGGAGUCUCAGUGUCAGUUCUCUGUAACUGUUAAAGAUGACGAGCCUCCGAAGGUAUCUGGCUGUCCAGAUGACGUCAUCAUUCCUGUCACUUCAUCCUCCCAGCUGGUGACCCACUCAUGGAUUCCUCCAAUCCUUACUGACAACUCCGGUCAAGAUGUCAGUGUGACAUUCAACUGCUCACCAACCACUUUCAGUGAAUGCAACCGAGCCGGUAACGGGUCCUUUGCUGUAGGAGACACCACGGUGAGAUACACCGCCAGGGAUAUGUCUGAGAACAGGAAUGUUUGCGCAUUCACUGUUACAGGUUUGUGUAUUUGUUUAUCUGUGCAAUUCUUAGUCUUUGUGGAAUGUUCUAUAGAGUACAAGGAUGAAAUUGAAAAACCUGUGUGA